AUGACAAAUGAAGCUCUUGAAAAUGAUGGAGGGACCGGUUCGAGAAAUUCAAGAAAUAUAAAUUUCACAUCAUCUGUGGAUCUCAGCACGUCCUUGGAAUCGAGUGUUCAGACUCGAAUAUUUAAAAUAAUUGUAAUCGGAGAUUCAAAUGUAGGGAAGACCUGCUUAACCUUCCGCUUCACCGGUGGGAGCUUUACAGAGAAGACCGAGGCGACAAUCGGUGUGGAUUUCAGGGAGAAAGCAGUGGAAAUAGAGGGCGAAAUAAUAAAGGUGCAGGUGUGGGACACUGCAGGACAGGAACGCUUUAGGAAGAGCAUGGUAGAACACUACUACCGCAAUGUGCACGCUGUCGUUUUCGUUUACGAUGUCACUAAGAUGAACUCAUUCCAGAACCUGAAGACGUGGAUCCAGGAGUGCAACUGGCACCGUGUCUCACCCACUGUGCCUCGGGUACUGGUGGGCAACAAGUGUGACCUGGUUAGUCAGAUACAAGUGCCCUCCAACACUGCCCUCAAGUUUGCAGACGCCCACAACAUGCUGCUGUUUGAGACAUCGGCCAAGGACCCAAAGGAGAGCCAAAACGUGGACUCCAUUUUCAUGUGCCUGGCAUGUCGGCUGAAAGCCCAGAAGUCCCUGCUGUACAGGGAUGUGGAGAGAGAGGACGGAAGGGUUAGGCUUUCACAAGAGACAAAUAUUAAUAAGAGCAUCUGCCCUUGCUGA